AGGAGCAGCUGGUCUCGGUUCAGCCUGUCGCAACGUUUUCUUCGCUCUUUGUUUCACAUGAAAAGUUCUGAUGGACAAACUCGGCCAGUCGCCGUAAACCGGAUUCAACCCGGAUUCAAACUGAGUUAAAGGUGAAUGAGCAGCGGGACCCGGACCCGGUGCGGGACCCGAAGCAGACCAGAGGAGACUUGACUUCAGGUCUGGUUCGUGUGUUUGGACCGGAUCAUGGGUCGGUAGGACGGGCGGACUUUGGGGGACUUUUAUUUCUUGGUCUCCUUGGAGAUGGGACUUUUUCCCGCCAAUUGAGGAGCCGAUCAGUGUCCGAUAACCCUCAUCGAUCAGCGGGAUGGCUGCGCUCCUCAUGCUGGUGCUCGCGCUCUGGACCAGCGGGCACGCCAGGGGCGCGUUCCCGCAGAGAUCCUCCUACAGCCUGUACACCGGCGGGAACGCGCACGGAGCUCGGGUCGCCAGCAGACACAGGAACUGGUGUGCGUUCGUGGUGAAGAGGACGAUGAGCUGCGUGGUGGAGGACGGGGUGGAGACCUACGUGAAGCCCGAUUAUCACCCCUGCAGCUGGGGGGGCGGACAAUGCAGCAGGGUGGUGGUCUACCGGACCUUCAUGAGGCCGCGCUACAAAGUGGCCCACAAGAUGGUGACAGCGAUGGAGUGGAAGUGUUGCCACGGUUACAGCGGAGAGGACUGCAGCAGCGGGCCGAUCGGAGGAGCCGGAACCCAGAUUUCCACCAACAGACCUCAGCCCAAACCGGGGGGCCACGGUGGAGGAGGUCAAGGUGGAGGAGGUCAGGGUGGAGGAGCAGGCUACGGACAGGACGGAGGAGAUAGCGGACGACCGGGGAGCGAGAAGACAAGGCAGCUGGAGGAGAAGAUCCAGAGUUUGACCAAAAGCCUCCUGGACCUUCAGAUCACCGUGAACGAACACUUUCAACGGGAAGUCAACAGGCCGGGCGUCAGUGGAGGAGGAGGUGGAGGAGGAGGAGGAGGAGAAGGAGGGUCUUCAGGGGGGAGGAACCCCGCCGAUGCGGCUCAGCCUGAGAUUAAAGAGACAAUUCACAUCAUUCAGACCAAACUGGACCAGCUGGACAACCGCACACAGGCCCACGAUAAAACCCUGGUUAGCAUCAACAACCACCUGGUGAACGGGAAAGGCAACGACCUGGACGGAGGUCCGUCCGGAGAAGGAGGAGAUGGAGGGAAGCUGAAUUCGCUGAAGGAGGAGAUCCUGAGGGAGCUGGAGAGGAGGGUGUCUCUGUCCUGCUCCUCCUGUCAGGCAGGUGUGGGAGAUCUGCGCCGACAGCAGCAGGAGGACGGGGAGAGGAUCCGAGCUCUGGAAAAGCGGAUCAGUGCCAUGGACGUCUGGUACCGGCAGCGCCUGGACGAGCUCCGCCAGGAGGUGGUGCGCUCGCAAGGCUGCUGCGCGACCGUCAACGACCUCCAGAACCGCGUCACCGACGCCGAGCUGAAGAUCAGCGCGGCCGCAGAGAACUGCGACGCUCUGCAGAACCGCCUGGACGAGGAGCUCGGCGGCUUUGGAGGAGGAGGAGGAGGGCUCGACGGUGGGAGGGAUGCCGUGGUGACGGAGAAGGAGCUGGUGGAGGACGGCGCCAGCGACCACGAGAGGAGGCUCUCCAAACUGGAGAACAACACAUUCCUCAUUGGCCGGAGGCUGGAGGAGUGCAGCUGUGGAGGAGGAGGAGCAGGAGGAGGAGCAGGAGGCGGAGGAGGAGGAGGAGCAGGAGGAGGUGGAGCAGCAGGAGGAGAAGGAGGAGGAGAAGGAAGAGGAGAAGGAGGAGCAGGAGGAGGUGGAGCAGGAGGAGAAGGAGGAGAAGGAAGAGGAGGAGGAGCAGCAGGAGGAGAAGGAGGAGGAGAAGGUACAGCAGAGAAAUCCCUGGAGUGGAGAGUGGUUGCCAACGAAGAUCAGAUUCAACACUUUAACACUCGACUCAAAGACCUGUCGAUGUCGGGAGAGACUCUGCUUGACAAGGUCGUGGACCUGAGCCUCGAUGUCCGGAAGAUCAAGGCCCUGACCGGGGACCACGGCGAGCUCUUCAACCAGACGGUGACGGAGGUGGAGCUGCUGGAGCAGCACGGCGAGCUGUGUGGGAAGGUGGAGGCCGAGCUGCAGAGGCUGAGGAAUUACUCCCAUGAUGCUCUGGGGCGCUUACAGAGUCACGUCGAGUCCCUGCAGGUCCGGCUGGACUUGAGGAAAGAGAGCUGCUUCCAGAUGUGCCCUCAGCUGGAGGACGAAGUCCGCUUACUGCGGGACGCCGUCGGCAGCUGCACGAGCCAAUGUGGUGGUUCCGGUGGUUCCAGUGGUUCCAGUGGUUCUGGUGGUUCCAGUGGUUCCAGUGGUUCUGGUGGUUCCAGUGGUUCCAGUGGUUCCGGUGGUUUCGGUGGUUCCGGUGGUUCCGGUGGUUCCGGCGACCUCAGACCCGGGCUGGAGGCCGAGAAGCCUCUUGACGGCCACAGCGUGAUUGGGGGUUCCAUCAACAACAACCAGCUGAAGACGCUGCAGGGCGAGUUGUCCGAGGUCAUCCUCACCUUCAGCUCCAUCAACGACACCCUGAAGGGGCUCGAACACACGGUGCAGAAACACGGCAGCGUCAUUACCGACCUCGGUGAGGCAACCAGACAAAUCAUCUCCGAGCUCGACAAGAUCCAGCAGGAGGUGACGGAGCACGUGGAGGACAGCCGCCGCCGGCUGGACGGCGUGGAAGGGGACGUCCGGCGGUUUGAGAGCACGCUGCUGGUGGAGACGGGAGACUGCAGGAGGUCCGGAGACGGGCUGGAGAAGAGGCUGUCCAAGCUGGAGGGAGUCUGCGGCCGGCUGGACGGCGUCUCCGAGUCCGUCAUCAAGAUCAAAGACGGUCUGAACCGGCACGUGUCCGGCCUGUGGACCUGUGUCUCCGGUCUCAACGAGUCGGUGGUCCGUCACGGAGGAAUUAUGGACUUGAUCCAGAAGAACCAGGACGAGGUCUACAGCCGUGUGAAGAACCUGAACUCCAGCGUGAACCAGGUCCUCAAGGACCUGCAGGGUUCUUCUGAGCGUGACCUGAGCGGCCUGCCCGGACCCCCGGGACCCCAAGGAGAGAGAGGCUUCAACGGGCUGCCGGGUCCCCAGGGGCCCCUCGGGCCCCCAGGACGGCAAGGGGAGAUUGGCUUCCGGGGUCAACCUGGUCCCAAAGGUGAACCAGGACUGUCUGGCGUGGACGCCCACGUGCCCAGACUCUCCUUCUCUGCGGCGCUCACCGUUCCCAUGGAGAGAGCCGGAACCGUCCUCUUCGACAAGGUCUUUGUCAAUGAAGGGGACUUCUACGACCCCAGAACAGGCAUCUUCACCGCCCCCGUGGACGGACGUUACUUCUUCAGCGCCACCCUGACGGGUCACAGGAAGGAGAAGAUCGAGGCGGUCCUGUCCAGGUCCAACUACGGCGUGGCGCGGGCGGACUCCGGCGGCUACCAGCCCGAAGGCCUGGAGAACAACCCCGUGGCCGAGGCCAAGGCCACGCCGGGGUCCCUGGCCGUCUUCAGCAUCGUCCUGCCCCUGCAGACCCAGGACACGGUCUGCAUCGACCUGGUGACGGGCAAACUGGCGCACUCGGUGGAGCCCCUCACCAUCUUCAAUGGGAUGCUGCUGUACGAAGACAUGUGACGGGGGUCACGAGUUCGGCCUCGCAAAGACAAACCUGGUUCGGUUGUUCUGAAGCGUGUUGGUGGGUUCGCCGCUGAGGACGGACGCGUCGGGACCGGCUUCCUCCCGCAGGAAAUCUCUUAUCAGCGGUCGAUGUUGACAUCUAUGGGUUUGGACGCCGUCCGUCCCGUCCCUCAUGGGACAAUGUGACUUUAAAGACGAUGAACAGAUCUUUGCUCGGAAGCUUCAUACAAACCGAAUGUUUCUCCAGUUUUAUUUCACUUUGUGGAUUUUAUGUUUCCCUGUUUUAUUGGUGUUUUUAUAUCCUGUCAAGUAUUUAAACCAUUUAAUAUCACUUUGAUGGACAAAUGCUGAAAGACAAGGAUGGACAUUUUCUGCAUUUGUCUCACUGUCCACGAAUCCCAUUUAAAGUCCAAUGUUAAAAGACACGUUCAGACCAUUUGUUCAAGUCCAGACCAACAUUCUGCAUUCAAGAAUCAACUAAAUGUCUAUAAAUGGUCUUUGGCUUCAGUACAAACGCAACGUAUCCAUGGACGGAUUAGAGACACAAACCAAGAACCACAGAGAGACACAAGACAACAGAGAGACACAAGACAACAGAGAGACACAAGACAACAGAGAGACACAAUCCGACUACAAACUUUGUAUCAACGAAUAAACGAUUAAAGACGAGUCGUCACAGUCGAGGUUUAAGGGGCGAAUCCUCGUACACGUCUAGAGGUUUGGAAUCAGAACAAAACAUCUAUUGUUUCUAUUCAGUAGUAGAAAAGUCAUUCUUGAAUUAUUGUUAUUUUAGUCUGAAGCAGUAUUUUAUAAUUAUAUAAUUCCUGUAAUUGUUGCAGGAGAAAUCAGGAGGAGACAAAUGAGCGUUUUCAUUAUUAUGUCUAAACUUUAUUUGUUACUUGGUUGGCAAACUGUAAAAACAAAAUUCCGCAGGA